CAGCGCAGUGGGAGAGAGUGAGAGGGAGGGAGGCUGGGAGGGGAACGACCGGCUCGGGCGGCGCAGCUUCAUCCACCACCGAGCAGAACCAAGGAGAGAAGAGAAGGACGUCCAGAUAUCUGCAUCUCCUCAUCCCUCCAUCCACCAGUCCCGCGCCUUCUCUCUCCCUCUUUAUUUCUCUCCCUGCUCUCCCCUCGGAUAUUAUGAGCUCCAGCUUGCUCGAAAACCCGGUGCAGGCGAUUCUGUACCUGCGGGAGCUCACCACCAUCGUGCAGAACCAGCAGAGUCUCAUCCAGACCCAGCGCACACGCAUAGAGGAGCUGGACCGGCGGGUGGACGAGCUCAUCGGUGAGAACAGGCACCUGCGGGACGUCAGGGUCCAGCAGCAGCAUCCCUACCUCCAUCACCAUCUUCAUUUCCCUGACCCCAGCUGCCUCCAUCAUCACCACCACCCGCAGGAACCCCAGCUCAAAACCAGUGGGGGGUCUCUGCCGGACCAUCAUGCGGCCGCACCAGUGCAGGUUGAAGCGGCUCCGGGCGUCCAGCCCCCGCCGGCUCAACCUCUGGACCCGGGGGACAUGCAGCUAGUCCCGGCAGACCCGUCUACGAUCUCCCCAGUGGAAAGUGAGUCCGAGAAUGGCGGAAGUUGCCCCAGCUGCAGGUCUUUGGUUCCACUGACCCCAACAACCCUGUGUCGGUCCCUGACCCUGGCGAGGAAAUCCGAGAGUGAGACUGUGCUGCAUCAGUUCUGCUGCCCUGCCCCUGAGCAUCCAGAGGCUGAUACCUCCAGCUCAUCUGACGGACAGCUGCUGAGCCUGGAGGACGGGACGUCCUCUGGCAGAGGACAGGAACCAGAGAGGAUCAAGAGGGAGGGGCCCAGCGAGUACGAGAUAAGCCUGGAGAAUAAAAACAAACAGAUAGAAGAGUUGGAGCUGAAGUAUGGAGGCCAUCUCAUUGCGAGGCGGGCAGCCCGUCGUAUUCAGACGGCCUUCCGCCAGUACCAGCUCAGCAAGAACUUCCAGAAGAUCCGCAACUCGCUGUCGGAGAGUAAGCUGCCUCGUCGGAUCUCCCUGCGCCAACCCAGCCCGUCAGGCCGAAACCGGAACGCGGCCCAGAGACACAGUUACUCUCUGCAUCCCGGAGGAGGUCAAAUACCUUUACGAUCGAAAACGCCACCUCCUCCUCCGUGUCGCUCCACAUCUCUGCCCCCAUCUCCUGCGUCAGCCCCGAGCAACGCAUCAUCUUCCACCUCAAACCAGGCUCCACCUCAAACCCCUGGAUCCACCCUCACACAGCUGGAGGACUGCUUCUCUGAACAACUUCACUCCUUGGCCCAGUCCAUCGACGACGCCCUUCGUGGUUGGAGCAUGUCGGAGAGCGGAGAAGGCAAAGGACUGUUGAUGGACCCCGGGGCCUUCCGUGCAGCUGCAGAGAGCGCUGGUUUGCCCCGCAGUGCCAGCUCACUGCUCAUGGCCUUCAGGGAUGUAACGGUUCACAUCGACAGCAAUAGUUCCUACACCAUCUCCUCCACCACCACCACAACCACCACCUCCCUGGGGAACGCAGGAGGAGGACCAGGCAGCAGGAAGACCUCUAUGAGUGGGACGGGCGGAGUAGGAGAUGGCCUGUUGGCGGAUGAGCCGGAGUUCCCUGCUCCCCCUCCUAUUGAGGAGCUGGAAAUGGUGGACCCAGGAUCCCGGAGGUGCUCGACAGUGCCAGCUGCAGGAUGGGUUGGAUCGGAGGGCGAGGGCAGCUCAGACAGGCUGGGAUCCACCUCCACUUCUACCUCUACUUCCACUUCAGUUUCCACCUCAGCCCAGUCUAACCAGCAGCCUGCCCAGAUUUACACUCAAUACCAGCAGUACCACUACACUCAUCCUCAGCAGAUCCCCCCAGGUCAGACUCCUGAGGCCCUGCAGGCUCUGGUGGUCUCUUUGCCACGGGAUCGUUGCCAGGAUCCAAUUUCCUGCCGCUCACCAACCCUGUCCACUGACACUCACCGCAAACGCCUCUACCGCAUCGGACUCAACCUCUUCAACGUGAACCCAGAGCGAGGCAUCCACUUCUUGAUCACGCGUGGCUUCGUCCCAGACACGGCCAUCGGGGUGGCCCACUUCCUGCUGCAGAGGAAGGGCCUGAGCCGACAGAUGAUCGGAGAGUUUUUGGGGAACAGCAAGCUGCAGUUCAACAGAGACGUCCUGGACUGCGUAGUGGACGAGAUGGACUUCUCAAACAUGGAACUGGACGAAGCUCUGAGGAAGUUUCAGGCUCACGUUCGUGUUCAGGGAGAAGCGCAGAAAGUGGAGAGACUCAUUGAAGCUUUUAGUCAGAGGUACUGUAUGUGCAAUCCUGACGUGGUGCAGCAGUUCCACAACCCAGACACCAUCUUCAUCCUGGCCUUUGCCGUGGUCCUCCUCAACACCGACAUGUACUCGCCCAACAUCAAACCCCAGCGCAAAAUGGGCCUGGACGACUUCAUACGCAACCUAAGAGGUGUGGACGAUGGAGCAGACAUCCCCAGGGAGAUGGUGGCAGGAAUAUAUGAGCGGAUCCAGCAAAGAGAGCUGCGCUCAAAUGAGGACCACGUCACCUACGUGAGUCGGGUGGAGCAGUCCAUCCUGGGCCUGAAAACGAUCCUUGCUGUACCCCACAGACGUUUGGUGUGCUGCUGCCGCCUGUUUGAGGUGCCUGAUGCAAACAAACCUCAUAAACAGAAACUUUCCCAGCUCCAAAGAGAGGUCUUUCUCUUCAAUGACCUGCUGUUGAUCCUGAAGCUGUGUCCCAAGAAGAAAAGCUCGGCCUCGUAUACUUUCUGUAAAGCUAUGGGUCUUCUGGGAAUGCAGUUUCACCUCUUCAGCAAUGAGUAUUAUGCUCAUGGUGUCACUAUGAUGAGCCCAUUUACCUCAGAGAAGAAGCAGCUGGUGAGUUUCUGCUCUCCGAGCGGAGAGGAGCUCAGGAAGUUUGCGGAGGAGCUCAGGGAAGCUAUUGCAGAGGUCAACGAGAUGGAGCAGAUACACAUCCAAAUGGAACUGGAGAGGCAACAAGGCAUCCAGCCACAUGUUUUACACACCAACGGCGGUCAAAUGGACACACACACCGGACAUGGCUCUCCCUCAGGCCAACAGGAUGCGUAUGAUAAAACCGGCAACAACAACACAGUAGAGGUGUCAAUUCACAACAGGCUGCAGACGUAUCAGCUGAGCCAGCCCAGCAUUGAGUCGGUGCCUCUGGCCCUGGCUGCGCCACCCGCUCUCCUCAGCCCCAUCCAGGCCAGAGAUCUCUGCCCAGAAACGCUCAUCCAGUGCCAGCAGAUCGUCAAGGUGAUUGUCGUGGACCAGAGCGGGCGAGGGCGGAUGGAAGCCUUCCUCAGUCAAGGCCCGGCUGCCCACCAGCUCAUCCAGUCCGCCAUGUCGACACCCGUUCGUGUCAGAGAGGGAGACGGACCCCAACCUCCUUUGCCGCCUCCCCCUCCUCCUUACAACCACCCCCACCAGUUCUGUCCACCUGACUCACCCAUGCCCUUUCACCACACCAUGCCUCUGACCCGCAGGCGUAACUCCAGCGGCUCUCGCAGCAUCGUUUGAGGUGACCUCUGUGCUGGAGAUGACUUUUACAGCACGUGGCGGAGCACAAGUUGACUCACUCUGAAUACAAGCAGCGCAAAAAAAAAAAGAAGAUAAGACAAUACUUUAUGAAUUAAAGGAAAAAUAAAUUAAGAAUCUGUCAUAUUAGUCCUGAUUGUUGUUUCACAAUGGAGUAACUUUCACGGCAGUUCUGAAAGAAACGUCAUCCCUGUUUUGUUUCCAACGUGUCUCCUGGUGACUUGUCUUCAUUUCACAGAUUUAUAACGUCACCUGUCCAAGAAACUCUGAGAGGACACUUUACUAAAUGUGAAGAACAAAAUGUGUCUG